UAUCUCAUAUUGAACCUGGCAGUUUCGGAUCUACUAAGUUGUCUGACGAUUUUCUCGCUGAGAAUUGUGAAGUCCAUAUCCAUGUUGUCUCAGGACGGAAAGAGAAACUCGAUGUUCUGCAAGAUUAACUAUUUUAGUGGCAGCUUCUGUGUAUGUCUCUCCGUCCUAACUCUCGUCGCAGUCACGUACGAUAGAUAUCUGUCUAUUAAACGUCCUUUAAAAUACCCAAUGCUCAUGACAAAACGUAAGGUCUACGGCAUCAUCGCUAUCAUUUGGGGAGCAUCAUCAAUUUAUCUACCUGUCGCUGUAUUCUUCGUCGAAUCAUCAAAAAGACAGUUAAACAAUGGCUGUACCAUCGUACAAGAGGGUCUCUCGGCUCUAAUAAUACUUUUCGUAUAUAUUCCAAUCACUUUUAUAUUCUUGUUCAACUAUAAAACUUGGCGUAUUGCACAUGGGCAGCGACGCUCAAUCGCUCGGAACACGGUGAUGGAUUCGAACGCGGAAAGUAUCAAUUUUUCAAAAAGAAUCGCAAAAGAACUCAAAGCAGUUAAAACGUUUGGAAUGAUAUUAGGAGUGCUCACGUUUUGUUUCACACCGUACGCGCUAACAGUUCUUUUUCAUUUGCUGCACUUUAACGCAGGUUUUCCUCCGCUGGCUUACGCCCUGUUCGCGGAUUUGGUUGGAUUAAAUUCAGUUUUAAAUCCCCUGAUUUAUGGUUUAAGACAAAAAAAAUACAGGAAGGAACUUUACAAGUUCUUCGAUCGAUUAUGUUGUUGAAUUCUAUUAAAAUUUUUUAAAUUAUGGCUGUCUCUUGUCGUGUUAUUUGCUCAAAAUGUAAUUGAAAUGUCACAGUUCAUAAUUUGUUUUUGGAAUAUGAAAGUUUUAUUAUUAAAUGAUGAAGCUGCUAUUAAGGAGGAGAAUGAACUCCCACUAAGAUCAGGUAUUGCUUUCUCCUAGACUGCGUUUAGACAGACAGCCUGUUUGCGAGCACUGGUCCCCACCCAUGAUCUAUAUCACUAUAUGGCAAAAUAAAUUGAUAGGAUUUGAACAAGAUCUCAAAACAUGUCAAGCAAGGUGCUCGGGUGCUGCACUUCGACGCUAAAACAGAGAUGGACACAAGUGGCGGGAAUUCAGUAAG